AAGCAACAACAAACCACCAACUCUGCAGAGGCGACUCUCACACCAGUUGAAGCAUGGGCUCUGCGCAAAGCACGAGCGGGUCGCUGGCCGACGUGGACUUUGAGUCGUACACGGGCAAGCGCUACACCGUCGAGGUGCCCAACACACGCGACGCUACUCAUGGCCCAGUCUACGAGGUUUCAGACAAGGAACCCGUUAAGGAAGAAGAGAUGACGCUGUACCACAAUUUCCUCAUCGGCUGCAGCAUCGAAGACGGCAAUCGGCCGUGUUACGGACAACGCACCGUCGACCCCGAGACGGGCAAGGCUGGAGCUUACGAGUGGUUUACGUACAACCAAGUCAAGACACGCAUGGAUAGCGUCGCCAGCGGUAUGGUGGCCAUCUUCGGCCUCAAACGACAAGACAAGAUCGGCCUCUUCUGCAAGAACCAGGUCGAGUGGUGUCUCGCGAACCACGCGUGCGACCGCAUGAGCUACGUGGUGGUGCCGCUCUACGACACUCUAGGCCCAGAGGCCGUUCCUUUUGUGAUCAACCACACCGAAUUGAAGAUUUUAUUCUGCGGAUCGAAGCAGUUCGAUGUCAUUAUGAACUGCAUCUCCAAAUGUCCGUCAGUCAAGACGAUCGUCAUGGUCGACCCCAUUACCGACGAGCAGAAGCGACUGGCUGCUGCUAGCGACAUCGAACUCAAGACGUUCGAGGAGAUCGAAGAGAAGGGUAAAGUAGAGCCCCAUCCGGCCGAUCCGCCCCUCCCGACUGAUGUCUCCACACUCUGCUACACUUCCGGCACAGUAGGCGACCCCAAGGGUGUCGUUCUGCUGCAACGCAACUUCACGUACGCUGCACGCCAGGCCAGCAAUCGACUCAAAAUCUACUCGUGGGAUCGCCACAUUUCGUACUUACCGCUAGUGCACGUGCUGGAGCGUGUAGUGCUAGCGUUAAUGCACUUGAAUGGUGCGUCUGCGGGGUUCUACCAGGGCGAUCUGCAUCUCUUAAUGGACGACAUCAGUGAGCUUCAGCCCACUGUCUUCGUGACUGUACCGCGCCUUGUGAAUCGAGUGUACGACAAGAUCACGCAAGGUGCAGAGGCGGCUGGAGGCAUCAAGAAGAUGCUCUUUGACAGGGCCAUCGCCUCGAAACUUGCAGGCGUAGAGGAAGGUCGCAAGACACACGCGUUGUGGGACCGUUUAGUGUUCAACAAGCUCCGCCAGGCUCUUGGCGGCAACGUGCGUCUGAUCUUCUCGGGUUCCGCUCCUAUGAGCGCCGACGUCAAGAAGUUCAUGCAGGCAGUUUUCUGUUGCGACGUGGUCGAAGGCUACGGACUCAGUGAAUCUGCGGCUGCUGUUUGUGUGGGCGCUAUUGACAUGCCGACGGAGUCUCACGUGGGCACUCCCGUUAUGUAUUGCCAGGUGCAACUCGAAGACGUGCCCGAAAUGGGCUAUACUAGUCACGAUAAACCUCGCCCAAGAGGUGAGAUCCUGGUCAAAGGACCCGAGAUGUUCACGGAAUACUAUCAAAACCCCGAGAUAACGCGAGAGGCUAUUGAUGAGCGUGGCUGGUUCCACACUGGAGACAUUGGAUGCUGGAAUGCAGACGGCACACUCAGUAUUAUUGACCGUAAGAAAAACAUCUUCAAGCUGGCGCAGGGCGAAUACGUUGCUGCCGAGAAGAUCGAGAACGCGUACUAUACAUGUAAGUAUGUGGCACAGAUCUUUGUAUAUGGAGACUCGCUGAAAAGCUGCUUGGUCGGCGUCGUGGUGCCGGAUAUGGAGGUGGCCAAGGUGUGGGCACAGGAGCACGGGCUCAGCGGUGAAGACGCCUCGAAGGACAAGAUCUUGCAGAGUACCGACUUCCAGGAGGACGUGCGCGAGGACAUGGAGCGUGUGGCGGCAGAGGCGAAGCUGCGGGGCUUCGAACGCGUGAAGAACGUGUACUUCCACCCCAAGCAGUUCACGACGGACGAAGGACUAGUCACGCCGACGUUUAAGCUGAAGCGGCCACAGCUGAAGGCCUACUUUCAGACGCAGAUUGAUGAGCUCUACCGGGAGUUGUGAAUGCAUAGCUGACUUACAUUAAUGGACGGUAUUCAUUUUUGGCAAAGGCAUCACGACUGCAUUCGCCAUGCAAAACAACGAAGCCGAAGAUCAGGAUCCCAAAGGUACCCCGGCAAAAGAAAAGAUUCAGUUUGCCCAUGGUGACAAGGGUGGAAGCACGCCGUCACGAAGCGAGAACUUUCAGGCAGGACCUCCUGGAGAUACUCCUAGCGAUCUUCAAGCAGCUUUCGGGAGGUUCCGAUCGCCCUCCAGCACGGUACUGCGGAGGACGCUUCGCUACAGCCCAUACCAGAGUGGUUCCUCGCCGCUAAGUCCGCCAGAGGAUCUUGCGCCACUGGCAACAGGCUCGCGUAGGGUAACGUUCCCAUCUCCACCCAACUCACCAUCCCCAUUCCAACCCCGCCCGACAUCAACACCAGCGCGAACCUCAGCAGAAGUACCUCGCUCAGCGACACCAUCGCGGCCUCCACGUGCUUCAACCCCUACGCGAUCGCCUCCUACUCCUCGCACUUCGUCUCGACCGCCGCGUACUUCUCUAAACUCAGUGAGAUCACCUCGUACUCCAGGAGCAUCUCGUCGUUCCCGAGGUCCCUGCUGAAGGUCGGGCGCCCACAGGAUAAAAUUUGGAGUCAUUACACUAUUGAGUGUGAAAAUGGUAAGAAGCAUGGGCGGUGCAACUACUGUGGCGUUCUUAAAAAGAACGGCAAGCCUAGCGGAAAUUUGUUAGAUCACUUGCUGAAGCCUAAAAAAUGUGUUAGUGUUCCCAGGGAUGUUCAAAUCUCUCUGCGACCUACUUCACCAAUCCUCCCGCCUCCCCAAUCCACUGUGGAGCCCGGCAAGAACGAUCUUGACCAAGAAACAUUUGAGAUGGCACUUGCUCGAGUGUUUUUUUGUCUGUGCGCUGCCGUUUAUAUUACUGGAAGCUCAAGUGUUCCGAGAUUUCAUGGCAAUGGUCGUGCCGACAAUGAAGUUGCCGUCGAGGCAAAGGUUGAGCACGGUACUUCUACCAAGGGUUCGAGAUGAUGUUCGAAAGAAAGUGGUCAACCUGAUCAAUGCCCAUAACUUUGUCUCACUCGUUACCGAUGGUUGGACGAAUACCAACAGUUCGAGUAUUAUAAACUUUAUGGUGGUUGCCCCAGGGAUGCCUUCCAUGUUUUGGUCGUCGUGGUCAACUAGAUCAAAGCAACACACUGCCCGAUAUUUUGCUGAAGUAAUUG